AUGUCAGCUACGAUAUCAUCAAUAUCCGUUCGACUAAAUUCGACCUCUUCACUAUUAUUAGAGAGAUCACGUAUAAUAUCGUUAAAUUUGAAACCAUCACCCUCAUCAACAUCUCAGAUCAUCAGAAACCUGACUUCCAUAAGGGCUGAUUUGGGUCAAUUGGAAUUGGAGAAUAAAGGUUUCAGAGUAGGUGGUGGUGGUGGUGGUGGUGGUGGUGGUAAUGCAAAUGCAAGUGCAAAUGGAAAGGGGAAAAACAACCGAGGGGAAAACGACGAGCUGAAUGAGUUAGGUGAAAGAUACGAUAGGUUGUUGGAAAUGAUGAGUGAAGAUGAUGUAGGUAAAGAGAAAGUCAAAGAUCUACGUAGAGAAGAGAGAAGAUCACCAUCACCAUCACCUUCACCUUCACUUUCAUCAAAAGGUAAACGACCAUUGGAUCCAAUAAUAAUCUCACCUCAAUCGGAGGUACCUCAAUUAAACGUAGAACCUCCUACUCCAGGAAUUGAGAAAUCAAAUUUAAAACCAUUCAAAGAUUAUCCAGAUGGAUCGGAUUUGGAUAAUGAAGAAAGAGAAGCUGGAAUAGAUCCAAAUGAUAUGCUGGAUCAUCAACAGAUGAUGAUGGAUGAUCAAGACGAACGCCUCAAUCUUUUAUCACACUCAAUAGGUCGUCAAAACCAUCUAUCUGUUCAAAUAGGUUCUGAAUUAGAUUUGCAUCAUCAGUUAUUAGAAGAUACAGACACUGCUAUGGAUAGGACAUCAGCUAAUCUACAUAGAGCUAGAAGGAGACUCGAUAAGGUAGCAGAUGAAGCUAAACAACAUGGGAGCACAAUAACUAUUGUCGUGUUGAUAUUCAUACUGCUCAUCCUCAUCAUUGUUUUCAAAACAUAA